UGCUCAAACAAAAUCAAAAGCGGAAAUGACUGAAGAAGAACUUCGUCAACUCGAAGAACAUGAAUUCAAUACCGGUCCUUUAUCAGUAUUACAACAAUCAGUAAAGAAUAAUACUCAAAUAUUGAUAAACUGUAGAAAUAAUCGAAAGCUACUAGCUCGCGUCAAAGCCUUUGAUCGGCAUUGUAACAUGGUGCUAGAGAACGUUAAAGAGAUGUGGACGGAAACACCAAAAGCCGGCAAAGGCAAGAAAGCUAAACCAGUUAAUAAGGAUAGGUUUAUUAGCAAGAUGUUUUUACGUGGAGACUCUGUUAUUCUUGCAAAUAUAUCGGGUGUAAAAGUUCAAAAUCAGUUUACUUAUUUUGGCGCAUUUAUAUUACCACAAAACGAGUACAUUGAAGAGUCAAUAAAGCGCCAUGGUCGACGCUUGGAUUAUGAGGAGCGCAAGCGGAAAAGACUUGCUCGUGAGGUGCACAGCUCUUCUGCAUUUGCUCAAAAGGUUCAUGGAUUGAGAGCUAAAUUGUAUAAUAGGAAACGUCACGCAGAAAAGAUACAAAUGAAAAAGAUGAUCAAACAGCAUCAAGAAAAAUCUGCUAAACAAAAAGAUUCACAGGCAGUUCCCGAUAGUGCAAUUCCUACAUAUUUAUUAGAUCGUGAAGGACAACAAAAUGCCAAAAUAUUAUCCAAUAUGGUGAAACAAAAACGUAAAGAGAAGGCUGGAAAAUGGACAGUGCCAUUACCUAAAGUUCGUGGAAUUGCUGAAGAUGAGAUGUUUAAAGUUAUUAAAACUGGGAAAAAUAGAACAAAGCAAUGGAAGCGCAUGGUUACAAAGGCAACAUUUGUUGGUGAAGGAUUUACUCGUAAACCACCAAAAUAUGAAAGAUUUAUUAGGCCAAUGGCAUUGCGUUAUAAGAAAGCACAUGUCACGCAUCCAGAAUUGGGCGCGACAUUCUAUUUACCGAUUAUUAGCGUUAAGAAAAAUCCUCAAAGUCCUCUUUACACACAACUGGGGGUAAUGACAAAGGGUACCGUGAUAGAGGUCAAUGUCUCUGAACUUGGGCUUGUAACAACCUCGGGUAAAGUUGUAUGGGGUAAAUACGCGCAAGUCACAAAUAAUCCAGAAAAUGAUGGUUGUAUCAAUGCAGUUCUUUUGGCUGAAGAAUUUAAGACCUUAGGCAAUCAGGCCUUUUCCGCGAAAGAAUAUGAAAAAGCGAUAGAGUUUUUCUCUAAAGCCAUUGAUAUAGAUCCUUCAAACCAUGUGCUCUACUCGAACAGGUCCGCGUCUUAUUCGUCUUUGAAACAAUACGAUAAAGCUUUAGAAGACGCGAACAAGACUGUUGAAUUGAAGAGUGAUUGGGCAAAGGGUUAUAGUAGAAAAGGCGCAGCUCUUCAUGGCCUCGGUAGGCUUAAGGAAGCGCGUGAGACGUAUGAGGAAGGUCUUAAGGUGGAACCGAACAAUGCUCAACUUAAAAAAGCGCUCGAAGACAUUGAACGUGCUGACAGUCCCCAAGUUAAGAUAUUUGGUGAUGACGCACUUGUGAGGAUCGCCAUGAAUCCGAAGUUGAGAUCUUAUCUUGAUCAACCAGAUUUUGUUGAGAAAAUUAAAGCGAUUCAAGCUGAUCCUAAUAAACUUCAAUUGUAUAUGCAAGAUAAUCGCAUAAAGGACGCACUAAUGUUUUUGUUGACUGGUGAAAUAUUCCCCAAACCAGAACCGGAACCUACGGAAAAAUCCGAAGAAGUGCUUAAGAAAGAAGAUGCUAUCAAAGAAAAAGAUCUUGGCAAUGAAGCGUAUAAAAAACGUGAAUUCGAAAAAGCAUUGCAACAUUAUGAUAAAGCUUGGGAAUUGGAUCCUACUAAUGCUUCUAUUUUGACUAACAAGGCGGCUGUAUUGUUUGAGCAAGAAAAUUACGAAGAAUGCAUCAAAAUUUGUGAACAAGCAGUCGAUGUUGGCAACGCUUAUGUUAAACUUGAUAAGUUUGAUGAAGCAAUUAAAUAUUACGGCAAAUCGUUAGCUGAACAUCGAACACCCGAAAUACUUACCAAAUCUAACGAAAUUCAAAAGUUGAAAGUCAAACGUGAAAAAGAAGCAUACUAUAAUCCAGAGCUUUCUGAAAAAGCUAGGGAAGCCGGAAAUGAGCUUUUCAAAAAAAAUGACUUUGCAGGUGCCGUGCAACAAUAUUCAGAAGCGAUUAAACGUAAUGAGAGUGAUCCCAAAUCUUAUAGUAAUCGCGCAGCUUGUUAUACAAAAUUAAUGGCGUUCCAAGAAGCAUUAAAAGACUGCGAAACUUGUAUCAGCCUUGAUCCUACUUUUAUUAAAGCUUAUAUCAGAAAGGCAACGGUAGAGUUCUUAAAAAAAGAUUACUCAAAAUGCUUGGAAACUUGUAAAACUGCAAUGAAUAACGAUACGGAAAAAAAGCAUACUUCGGAAAUUCAGGCGCAAAUGAGAAAAUGCCAAGAAGCAAUGUAUCAAAGUAAUCAAAGUAAUCCGGAAAGUAUGGAGGAGACAAUUCGCAAGGCCGCUAGUGAUCCUGAAAUUAUGGCAUGUACAUGA